CGUCAACUUCCGGGUUUGUAAAACAAGCAUGUUCGACGGAUCAAGUAGUGACGAUGACGGCGAAUUUCGCAUCAAUAAAGAUUAUGCAGAUCGAUACAAUAAGUGGAGGCAAGCAGAGGAGCUACAAAGAUUGAAGGACAAAUAUGGUGAUGUGGAAGGAUCAGACUCAGACUCAGAAAGUGAAGAUGAAGAAGGGGAGGCACUCACUUCACAUCUGGAGAAGGGUUGGCUGAAGACCCUUUCAGCCCUGAAAAACAAGGAUCCAAAGAUCUACCAGAAAGAUGUCAAGUUUUAUUCAAGUGAUGAAGAAGAGAGCAGCAGCAGCAGCGGAGAGGAAAAGAAAAAGAAGGACAAACCACUGUAUCUGAAGGACUAUGAGAGAAAGCUGAUCCUUGAGAAACAAGGGGACUCCAGCAGUGAGGACAGUGACUCAGGGGAGCGGGAGCCAGACCAGACCCCCGGCUACUACAAGCAGCAGGAGCAACUCCGGAAAAGCAUUGCUGCAGCAGUGGAUGGGUCAAGUGACAGUGAUGAGGAUCUGCUGACACACAGGGUCAAGACACAGGAAGAGGAGGAAGAUGAGGAUACGGAAUACCUUUCAUGGCUCAAAGGUCAGAAGAAGACAUUGAAGACACACCAAGCCGUGAAGGAGGACCUGGAGCCUCUGAGGAAGUACUGGAAUGAUCCGGAACUGGACGAGGGCGAGAAGUUCCUGAAGGACUUCAUUCUGAACAAGAGAUACGUCGACAAGGAUGCAGAAAGGAUUCCUACCUAUGAUGAGAUAGUGGAUGACAGUGAUGAUGUCUCAGACGAGGAACAAAUAGAAAUGCAGGAGAAGUUUGAGAGGAAGUACAACUUCCGUUUUGAGGAACCGGGCGCUGAUGAUAUCAAAAGUUUUCCGCGGAGAAUUGAUGACUCUGUGAGAAGAAAAGACAACAAGAGAGCUGAUCAGAGAGUAGCUAAGCAAAGCAGGAAAAAGCAGGAGAAGGAUCAUCGGCUUGAGGAGCUAAAACAGCUGAAGAAGAUGAAGCGUCAGGAGAUUGAACAGAAGAUUGAACAUCUCCGUGACAUCACCGGGAACAAGGACAUUGGCUUCAGCUCGGCUGACCUGGAGGGAGACUUCGACCCCCAGGAACACGAUCGCAUGAUGCAGCAAUACUUCGCUGAUGAAUACUAUGGGGAGGAGGAAGGGGACGCCAAGCCGAUGUGCCCGCCGGAGGACGAGGACCUCAAGACAGACAACUGGGAUUACUGGGCAGGGGACGAGGAGGUCAAGGACGAGGUCAAGGAUGAGGAGCUGUACGCCGACGACCCAGACUUUGUGAUGGAUGCAGAUUAUGAUCCAAGUCAAGGGAAAGAAAAGAAGAAGAAAAAGAAAAAAAGCAAAUUAGCACAAGCUCUUUCUAAGGAGAAGCCCGCCUUCAACCCAGAUGACAAGUCAUUUGAGCAAUAUGUUGACGAAUACUACAAGCUGGACUAUGAGGAUAUGAUCGGAGACAUACCAUGUAGAUUCAAGUAUCGGAAAGUCAUGGCCAAUGACUUCGGUCUCACUGUCAAUGAGGUUCUGACGUGUCGAGACAAGGAGCUCAACUCAUGGGUGUCGGUGAAGAAGAUGAGUCAGUACAGGAGUGAAGAGGAAGAAAGGAAAGACCUGUCAUCCUACAGACAUCGGGCGAACACCAAGAAGAAAUACAACUUACUGACUUCAUUGCAAGACAGUGAGAAGAAGGACAUUAACAGUCCCAAACCAAGCACCAGUUCUACAUCAGAAAGCCUCCAAGCAACCAGUCAGUCAAAGAAGAAUAAGAGGAAGAAGAAAGGUAGUGGCAGCCAGGUGGUUGUCAAAAGUGAAGUAGACUCUAUGAUUGACACGGCCACAGUCAAAAUGGAAGACUGUGCAGAUGUUCCUUCUGAAGGGAAGACGAAGAAGAAAGAUGGUGACAGCCAGGUGGUUGUCAAGAGUGAAGCAGAUGCUAGCGGUAGCAUUACCACAGUCAAAGUGGAGGAUGGUGCAGAUGUUCCUUCUGAUAGGAAGAAGAAAAAGAAGAAGAAAAAGAGGAAGAGAACUGAGGAAGUGACCGACUCACACCAUGGACAAGACGGAGCAGAGACACCGAGUCCGAAGAAGGCCAAGUUGGACAGUGUGCGACAUACAAAUGGGGUGUCCACUGAAGGUGGUAAGGAGGAACUGUCACUGAAGAAACCCAAGAAUAAGAAAGGAAAGAAAAAGAACUUUGGAAUGUCAGAUGACAGGUUAAAGGCUUAUGGGAUCAAUCCAAAAAAGAUGCGAUUUAUGAAAACAGACAACUUUAAGAAGGAAAAAAAGAAAUGAGAUAUUCACAAUUUGUACAUAUGAAUAAACUAUAAAUACAGUACCAUUUAUUGUCUGUCAUAUU